CCAUCGUGCCAUCAUCGACGACAGCCGAGGAGGCACUAGCAGAUAAAUUCUACGUUAAAGAUGCCGACAACGAAAUUUGCCUUCUCGCAACCUUCGCUGCAGUAUUUAAAGUGAAAUAUGUCAACACAGAGGGCGAGAAAGCGCUGGCAGUAAUAACCUUGCCAUGGAACGUGACCUGGCAGAAGGAAGGAACGUGUGGGGAGGAUAUGACAAGUCUCCAGGUUAGCUGGGACGAUGACGCUUUUGGAUUUAACAUGGACUUUGAAAAAGAUGAAUGUUCUAGUCAUAUGAAUGCUGCAAAGAGUGAGAAAGGAUGCUGGUUCAUGAGCUCUGUUAUGUUUAAAUACAAUUCAAGCGACGAAAGCAUUUUUACGAAUGCUAAAAAUGCGGGACAUCAAGUAGCAUAUAACAACAAUUCAAAGAUGUUUGAAACGCCUCAAGGAUACUCAUCGCUAUGCAACAAAGGAACCUCACUGCCACUAACAGGUGACGAUGGGACAACUAGCACCACUCUCAGUCUGUCAGCCGUGCAGCUUCAACCUUUUGGAGUGAAAUUAGGAGAAUUCAGUAAAGGCUACUUGUGCUUAGAGGCGAUGUCACCCCGGAACGUAAGAAAUCAAAAGGUUGCCAUCGCGACGGGUAGCGUCCUUGCCGUGGUGGCGCUACUAGUCAUAGUCGGUUACUACAUCCGCCGGACAUACUUUGAUAGGAUCAAGUACCAGACAAUGCAGUAAACUAUGCGGUCAGCAAACGUGGGCUUUCAGGGAUGCCGACUCGAGAUGUUAACAAUACAGCAGUUUCUAGCCCAAUGCAGUCCUUACUUAAAAUCAUCCAUAUUGCAAACGCCUAGCUAAUGACGCCGAGAAUACGACCUAUCAAUUGCUAAGCUUGCUUAUAAUACGCAGCCGGCUGAAAGGGGUGGUAGGAUAUGUUUACUAGGCACUUCUAAUUUU